AUGGAGUUUUCCAGAAUGACCCGACUAUUGUGUUCUCUGGCGCUGUUGCCGUUGUUGUGCCUGGCUGUGAGGGAGCAGUCAAUUGCGGUGAAAGGUCGACUACUGUGUGGAGAACAACCGGCCGCAAAUGUGAGAGUGAAGUUGUGGGAAGAGGACUCAGGUCAGUUGUCGAUUCAAUUUCCACGCGAGUGUCGAAGCCGGGAAGUCGAAAAGUGA